AUGACAGAAUGCAUGCCUUGUUUGGACUGGAUCUUCAAAGGGGAUUGUCAACCAAAUGAAGGGGGCGCUGCAUGCAAUCAGCUGAUUGCUUUGGCAGCGAACUUGAGUGACGUGGACCGAAUGGAAGAGUUGGCCGAGCAGCUGAACCAGUACGGAAAAUACGGAAUCCCUCCGUUGAGCUCGGAUAACUCUUUGGCCAGUGAGCACGAGGACUUCCGGUUGGAGGACGACUGGACGUCAAUCGUUGCAGACGCGAGUCGGUUUUCGGAAAGGAAACGUCAGCAACAAACGGCCAUUUGGGAGUUGAUACAAACUGAGGCUGCUUAUAUCGUCGAUGUCGAAGUAAUCACUAAGCUUUUCUUGGCAUGCCUGAUGAACUUGCGGAAAUCCCGAAUCCUGGUGGACAUCGACGUUAACAAGCUGUUUGCAAAUAUGCAAGAUAUUUUGAAUGCAAAUGUGGAUUUUUGGCGCCGCACGAUUUUGCCGAUGCUUGAGAUUGCGAGGUCUUCCAAGGAGCCGCUCGACCCUUCACUCAUGAAAGAUGGCUUUUGCUCNCUUGAGAUUGCGAGGUCUUCCAAGGAGCCGCUCGACCCUUCACUCAUGAAAGAUGGCUUUUGCUCGUUGGAGAAUGUUCUGCGGCCGUACACGGAGUAUUGCUUGGAGCAGACGGGCUGCCAGCAGUAUUGCAGGGAGCGUGACCAGGAAAACGAGAUGUUCAAGGCGUAUUUGGCGGUGGGCACUUCAUUUCAUCGUGCUUUCGUUGCUAAACAUCAUCAGCAGUGGUUGAAAACUCCAGAGAAAAUCAUAGGCAUUUCCUGGUGUGAGACGCAGAAGGAUUGUAACCGGUUGCGGCUCAUGGACUUGCUGGUGAAGCCCAUGCAGCGCAUCACCAAAUACCCGCUGCUGCUCAAAGUUAUUCUCAAGUAUUCCGACGAAGAUUACGAAAAGGAGGACUUGGUUGAAAUGGUCGCGAGGACGGAACAGUUUGUUACUGCAAUUAACGCUGCCUUACGACACAAGCAAGAGCAGAUUCGGUUGGACGAGUUGUCAAACAAGAUCAGUGCCUACGAAGUCUUGGACUCGAAAGAUGACGAGCUGCAGAAGCUGAUCAAGAAGUAUUCCGAACUGGAUCUGGCGUGUCCGAUGGUCGGGUUGCCGAGCAAUGCUGCUAUAAUGGCUUCACCCUCCGGACGAUUCGCGGCUGUCGCUGCUUCGGAUCAAAUCCGGGUGCUUUUGCACGAGGGUGACCUGAAGAUUCGUGAUCACAUCUCGUCAAAGGCCUUCACUAGGGUGGGGCGACACAAUAAGCCAGAUGGAUGUGCACUGCUUCUUGUUCACGGACGUGUUUUUGAUCUGCAAGAGCAUCUCUGGAGGCAAGGGCAAGAGCAGUACUGGAACCAGUACCGCGACAGGCACGUGACCGCGAAGGCCACCGCGUCUAAGUUCCUCGACAGCCCAGCGCUGUUGCGGCGUGACCGACAGCAAAUAUUGUCCGAAUUCAAGACUGCUACCUCGGCUUUUAUCCUCCAGGCUGUUGAUGCCAAGUCCUGCAAG